AUGUCGCUUGAAGAGAAGUUCCCCGCCUAUGGCGGCCAGGGCCCCUCGGAUUUCCGUCUUGGGAUCGCUUUGGGCGUCAUUGCGACCACCUUCAUGGUCCUCCGUAUCUAUGUGCGGCUACGCGUUAACAAAUUCGGAACGACCGCCUUAUUAUUGUCACUCCUUGCUUGGUUUUUCACAAUGCUCACACAAGUCUUCGGUCUGCUCGCCGUUCUCCAUGGCCUGGGAAAUCAUAUCACGAUCAUUAUGAAAGUUGGCCAAUUACACAACUUCCUUCUCUUCACCUGGAUCACUGUCUUUUUCUUCAAUCUCGUCAUUCCUACCGGUAAAGUCGCAGUGGCAGCUUUCUUGAUUGAAAUGAACGGACAAGGCAACCCUAAAAUUCGGAAAAGUCUCGUCGCCGUCGCCGUCCUGAACAUCGUCCUCAACAUUCCUCAGAUCCUCCUUGUUUGGUUCCAAUGCAGCCCCGUCGACGCUCUCUGGGAUCCCCUACGUCAAUCCCAUUGUGAUCACCGGAAGAGCGUUUAUUAUACAUACUUUGUCGGCGGUGUUGCUGCUAUCUCUGACUUUUAUCUCGCCAUUGUCCCAAUUCAAAUGCUUUUGCCUUUGCGCAUUGAUCGCAAGCUCAAGUGGGGUCUCGGUUUCUUGAUGGGCUGUGGUGUAUUCGCCGGUGUGGCCGCUAUUGUCCGCACCUGGGCCGCUAAGUUUAUUCUCACUGAGGAUUCUUCCUACGGAGUCGGCAGCCUAUUCCUCUGGGGAGAAGUUGAAGAAUGGAUCGUGCUCAUCACAAUGUCCAUUCCACCCGUGUGGCCUCUCUUCCGCCCAUUCACAUCCAAAUUCAUCAAAUCAAACCACACUCGAAGCCAGCAGCGCUACAACUACCAAUACGGCAACAAUUACAACUCCAAAGGACCGUACAGCACCACCGCCGUGGGCGACCAGUCACCAGGCUUCCCACCUGCGAACUUCCCCCCUCCUCUCGUCACUACGACCAUCUCCAUAUCCUCUGCAAAAGACGCGACGACUAUUGCUGCCUCAGAAGCCGGAUCUCGUAUAUCGGAUGAGCGCACGCCUCGUAACAUGAUCCACGAUACGAACGCACAACCCUGGGUGGAAAUGGACGAAAUGAGAGGAAGCCGAUCGCCAUGA